AUGGCGCAUAGCGAGAGGGCCGGGUUGGCUAGCGGAUUGGCAGCAUUGAGGAUUGAAACUUCGUUUGAACGCGACAAGCGAUGGGCAAAUGAAAGUGGAAGGAGAGCGACAACAGCGGGCGAUGGUAUCGAGAGCGAACAUACCAAUAAAUCUGAUGAUUAUGCGCGUCGCCGCGAUACUGAUGAAGACCACAGUUUGUUAAGUGAUCUACACUCAGCGACUCCUCCCAUUUCCGUCCCUCGUCCCGAUGAGCAUCACUCCAAAGAUGAUGACUCCAGCUAUCCUCAUAAGCCCGAUGAAAUACAAGGGUCGCCGCUUGACAGCUUUCUGCAGGCUCGUAGACCAUCGAUAUCUUUCAAUCCAACGGUCUCCGUGGAGUCCGGGAACCAAAUCCCGUUGGAAGAACCUCUUUCCAUGGGAGAUACGAAGAACCGUCCACCGCAAAGAUUCGAGUCCCGCAGUUCUGGGCUCCGAAACGCUCUUUCACAAGACGACGACCACGAUCAACACUAUGUGUCUCCCAGUUGGAGUCCUAAACGAUUCCAGGAUCGGGGUUUCCCGACCGGACAAUCCCGACCGCAGCCCUUUACAAAGUCUGAUAAUGGCACAACCAUGAACUCAGAUAUCGACCGCCCGACAUCCCUCACGUCACAGUCGACGGUGUCUCCACUCACGGAUGAAGCUCGAACCCCUCCCGAUGAUUCUAAUCACACGAUACUCUCGCCGUACUGUGUUCCGUCGCCAACUCAGCCUUUUGCAUCGCCCGAGGAUCGCAGCAGCUCUUGGUCUGGAGCUGUCGCUACUCCGUUUGGAAGCAAGCGCAGCUCUACUCUCGACCGCAGUAGCAGUCUCCGGAACUCCACCCGGCAUAGUUCACGGCGAUCAACUAUGUCCAGCGGCAAAUCCCCUGCCAGCAUGUUCCUUUCCAUGUGGAGCAACAGUGAAGAACCCGCCCCGCAGCCCGAUGAUGAAGGCCAAAUGGUCGGAGACGACUACGUUCUCGGAAAGCAAAUCGGCUUCGGUGGCUUCAGUACUGUGAAAGAGGCCUACAAGGCCGAAAAACACGGCGAAACCAAAACACUUGCCGUCAAGAUUGUGAAGAAGCAAAUUGCAGGUCGAAGUGAGCAAGAAAACGACGAAGUGCAAGCGGAGUUUGACCAUGAAGUGCGAGUCUGGCGGUACCUCAGCCACCCGCACGUAUUGACGCUUGAUGCCGUGUACGAAACAGAUUACGCCACGUUUUGCUUCACCAAACUCGCUAUUGGUGGUACGCUCUUUGACUUAGUCCGUCAAAAUCGUGCUGGUCUUGAUACCAAUCUUGCCAAGAAAUAUUCAUACCAACUGGCCUGUGCAAUCCGCUACCUUCACGAAGAUGCUCGAGUUGUUCACCGAGAUAUCAAGCUAGAGAAUUGUCUCCUCGACCCCCUUGCCGACUCUGAUGGCAAGAUAUCUUCAACGCUGGUACUCUGUGAUUUUGGAAUGGCGGAAUGGAUGUCAAUCGACAAUGGCGGCGACUCCCCGGAUCCUUACGAAGACGCAGCUGACCGUCCGCCACCACAACAAAUGGGCCCAGCAGGGUCUAGUACUAGUGUUGCAGGUAGUCUGGAAUAUGCUUCCCCCGAGCUACUUCAGUCAGUCGGCGGUGUCAUUCACCCCUCAGUCGAUAUCUGGGCGUUCGGUGUCAUCGUCUAUGCCGUCGUUGUUGGCUCCCGGCCAUUCCAAGACUCUUUCGCCCCUCGCAUCCAAGCAAAUAUCAUUAGCGGCACUUGGGAUCAAAAUGCUGUAUUUGGCGACACCGCCGAUGGUCCUCUUCGACAAGAUCGCGAGGAUGCCCUCGAGUUGAUCUGUGGGUGCCUUGAAAUGAAUCCCAACAAGCGCUGGACUAUCGCCGAUGUUCUCGAAUGCGCCUGGAUGCGAGAGCUCGCAGAAACGACUGAGACCUCAUCUGAUACCGUAUGGAGGCUUUGA